UUUAGAUCACACACCACUGUGGCUCAUGAGUGAAGCAGUUAGUAGUGAGGAGGAGGAACUAUUAGUGGAAGACCUAAGAGUGACCCACAUAACUGCUUUCAGUCGACCGAUCACUUUCCAAGAGUUAGGUCCAGGAGAGGAAAGGAUGUUGAGGAGGGAAGCCAAGAAGAGGGUGGCAUUACAGAGGUCUAGGGCAGCAGCAGCCAGCAUUGAGGCGGUAAUGGCUACCGCCUCUACCAUGUCACAGGCCUCUUCGUCAAGAAUUAGUGGCCGCAAAGUGGGCGCCUUCGCAGACAUAGGCUCUACACGGAACUUCAUCAAUUGUGCUUGUGUGGAUAGACUGCACUUAGGGGACCAAGUGCAGCGGCUGAGAAGAUUUGUAGCAUCUACGCUAGCCAACAAACAUAGUAUGGUUGUGCAAGACUAUGUCAAGGACGUAGUCUGCACCUUCUCCUAUGGAGGAGGGGAACCGAGACACAAGAUCUCGUUCCUUGUCAGUGAUGAACUGCCAUUCGAUCUGCUACUAGGCAUGUACUAUCUCGAGGUUGCUCAACCUCUAUUCGAUUGGGAUAGGAAGGUGAUGAUCCACAAGUUGCCUAAUGGAAGAACUAUUAGACUGCAGAAGUUCAAAGCUAGCAGUCUAGUGGAGAACUAUGGCUGCAUGUGUGCAUCUUCUUUCUAUAACUAUUAUAAGCAGAAUCGCGAGGAGGGCAUGUACCUAGUCUUUGUCUCUGAGAAAGGGGAGGUCGUAAAACCACCCCCAGAGAUAGAAGCAGUCGUUGCUCAGUAUUCAGACCUCUUUGAGGAUCCCGGUGGAGUGGUGGAAAGGGAGGUUGUCCAUGCGAUAGAAGUCGUCCCGGGUAGCGAAGUACCUAAAGGACGGAUCUAUAGGAUGUCUCCUGCGAAGUUGGAUGGGCUCCGCCGCCAGCUCAAAGAGCUCACAGAAAAGGGAUGGAUUCGACCGAGUACCUCCCCUUAUGGUGCUCCAGUCCUAUUCGUUCCCAAGAAGGGAGGUACCCUAAGGAUGUGCAUUGACUAUAAGGGCCUCAAUGCCAUCACGAUUAAGAAUGUGAAGCCCCUACCCCGCAUUGACGACCUCUUGGAUAGAGUGCAGGGAUGCUGACACUUCACAAAGAUAGAUCUGAAGUUCGUAUACCAUCAAAUUGCCAUUAAACCUAAGGACCAGCACAAAACCGCUUUCCAGACCAAGUACGGUCUGUACGAGUUUGUGGUGAUGCCCUUUGGUCUAUGCAAUGCACCUGGGACAUUCCAGCACGCAAUGAUUUGUGAUGAUGCCCUUUGGUCUAUGCAAUGCACCUGGGACAUUCCAGCAUGCAAUGAAUCGGAUCUUUCAUG